AUGAACAAGAAUAUGUGUGAGAGUGGCGAAGGGAACCAUAACCCCUUGACGAUACCAAUGGAGAUGGAGAUGGAGAUGGAGAUAAGCAAAUUACAAACAAUCCUCGAGGUCAUGUUGGUGGAGAUACUCGCGAGGUUACCGUCGAGAAGCAUCGCGAAAUUCAAGUCAGUGUGCAAAACAUGGAAAUCUUUGAUAGAAUCUCCGUAUUUCCGCCGUCUCUUCGUCUCCGUGCAUGGAAACUCCCCUUCCUCCUGGUCACUCACGAUCAGAAACAAUGAUCAUCCUCCUAUCAGGGAAGUGAUAGGGUUUCAUGGACAUCAAUGUUCCACUCAUAUACCUUUCGAUAAUCCACAUAGGACUCAUAGAUAUUUCGUUGGUAAUCCAGUUUUACAACAAUGGGUAGCAAUCCCUCCGCCUCCUGAGAAUGGUCAGGCCACUAGUUUGGUAACGCGUGUGGAGGAUGACGGCGUUGUUUCGAGCUUCAAAUUGGUUAAGACUCGUCAAAGAAUAGAUACCAAACCGAACGUAUGGAGAGUGUACGUGUAUUCGUCUGAGACAAGGAACUGGACUUUGAAGCUAAUUCUCUCCCCUCAUCCAUUUGACGAUGAUGCUGAUUUUAAAUCUCCUUUGAAUCUCGACGGAGUACUUUAUCUUCGGAAAAGGAGAUGGGGUACUGGUGAACGUGGAGCCCUAGUAGCUCAUGACUUCUAUGGCCCUGACGCCGAUGUUCAGUGUCGGGUUAUACCUUUCCCUUUCCCGCAUAGCAAAGACGCUAGGAGAUGUUUGACUACUUCUAGAGGACAUGUUAUCUACGUGGACAUACUUCAUCGAAGAUUAAAUGUCUGGAGGCUCAACAACAACAACUCUGCCUCUGAGGGUCAAGUGUGGCACUUGUUACGUGAAGAAAUCAAUAUGGCGUCUGUCGGAUUUGAUGGCAUUUGUUAUCCCGUAGCAAUGAAUCCGUUUGACGCUGGCAUCGUUUAUCUAUGGAGUCUAAAACACAAUUCUAUGGUGUUUGGUAACUUGCGGACACACAAAUUUACUCUUCAGAAAGAAGCAGAGUAUUGUACUAGUGAAGGUUGUUAUAGCAUCAUCAACACUUCCAAUUUUAUCAUGGACAUUCGUCCGUUUAUAGAAGGUCGUAUCUUGUGGGUUGCAAACGUAUCCCAUUUUGUGCUCCCAUGGAUGGAUUCAGUACCUCGCCUAGGAGGAACCUUUUAA